GAGGCAUUUACAGUGACACAGAGCAUUUCAUUAUCAGAAGGACGAAGAGGGGUAAAAAGUGAUGGAUGUUGGUUCUCUCUCAGGGGUAGAGGUUGUUUGGGUCAAGCUGAAAAAAAGGGGAAAUGUGUCCAGGAUCUUCUGGGAACUGACUGAGUAAUUACAGGACCUUAAGGACACUGCCCCCUGGAUAUGCCGUGUUCUACAGCUGGCUGCAGAUGAAUGUCGAUAAAUAAAGUUGUGUUUGAUUGCUAUGUAAGGAGCGUCUGUGCCACUCCACAAUUUUAACCUUAAAACCGGGGCUGUAAUUCAAUUUGGAUCAUGUCUGACUCAAGCUUUUGGACAGUUCUUUCUAACUUUUCCAUGCCUCAUUUCCUCACAAGAUCAAGACUUCGCAGAUCUAAAAGCUGCAGGACAAGCAACAGAAAAAGUCUCAUAGGAAGUGGUCAGUCUUCAGCACUUCCUCGACCACACUCCCCCCUUUCUGCUCACACAGGAGCCAGCCCUCAAGACAGUCCGAGAAAUUUCUCUCCGAGCGCCUCAGCCCAUUUCUCUUUUGCACGAAGUUAUGGCCACAGAGCGGACAGGUCUGAUGGGCGACGCUGGUCUUUGGCAUCUCUUCCCUCCUCGGGUUACGGGACCAACACACCAAGCUCCACUCUUUCGUCAUCCUGCUCAUCACAGGAGAAGCUGCACCAACUUCCGUUUCAGCCAACACCUGACGAGUUGCAUUUCCUCUCCAAACAUUUCUGCACAGAAAGCAUUACCAGCGAUGACAGACUGGGGGCUGUACCAAUGCGGCCACGAUCCAGGAGCCUCAGCCCUGGACGAUCUUCAUCCUGCUGUGAUCAUGAAAUCAUUAUGAUGAACCAUGUCUACAAAGAAAGGUUUCCUAAGGCCACCGCUCAAAUGGAAGAGAGAAUUCAGGAAAUCAUCAAAAGCAGCUCCCCGGAGAGCGUUCUCCCCCUGGCAGAUGGAGUCCUCAGCUUUGCCCACCAUCAGAUCGUUGAGCUGGCUCGAGAUUGCCUGGUUAAGUCCCGCCAGGGCCUCAUCACCUCGCGCUACUUCUUUGAGCUGCAGGAGAAAUUAGAAAAGCUGUUUCAAGAGUCUCACGAGAGAUCAGAAAGUGGGGAAGUUGCAUUUAUUAAAGAACUUGUUAAAAAGAUUCUGAUCAUCAUUGCCCGUCCUGCUCGUUUGCUUGAAUGUUUGGAAUUUGACCCAGAGGAGUUCUACCACCUCCUGGAGGCAGCGGAAGGCCAUGCCAAAGAAGGGCAGGGUAUUAAAACAGAUAUCCCGCGGUACAUCAUCAGUCAGCUGGGCCUCACACGGGAUCCCUUGGAAGAAGUCGCUCAUCUGGCAAACUACGAUAGUGGAAUUGCAGAAACCCCUGAAACAGACGAGUCUGUGAGUUCCCUGAGCGCCUCACUGAGGUCUCGCUGUAAACCCUGUGAAAGUGAUUUUGAGAUGAUAAAACUGAUCAGCAAUGGGGCAUAUGGUGCUGUUUAUUUGGUGCGCCACAAGGAGUCCAAGCUGAGAUUUGCGAUGAAGAAGAUCAACAAGCAGAACUUGAUUCUACGAAACCAGAUCCAGCAAGCUUUUGUGGAGAGGGAUAUCUUGACAUUUGCUGAAAACCCGUUUGUUGUGAGCAUGUUUUGCUCAUUUGAAACUAAGCGCCACCUGUGUAUGGUCAUGGAAUAUGUUGAAGGGGGAGACUGCGCUACUUUAUUAAAGAACAUGGGUCCUCUGCCGGUGGAUAUGGCAAGAAUGUAUUUUGCCGAGACUGUUCUGGCUUUGGAAUACCUCCAUAAUUACGGAAUCGUCCACAGAGAUUUGAAACCUGACAAUUUGCUUGUCACAGCAAUGGGCCACAUCAAACUCACUGACUUUGGACUAUCAAAGGUGGGACUAAUGAACAUGACAACAAACCUUUACGAGGGACACAUCGAAAAAGAUGCCAGAGAAUUCUUAGACAAGCAGGUGUGCGGAACCCCAGAAUACAUUGCUCCAGAGGUCAUCUUGAGGCAGGGCUAUGGCAAACCUGUGGACUGGUGGGCUAUGGGAAUUAUUCUCUAUGAGUUUCUGGUUGGCUGUGUGCCUUUCUUUGGAGACACUCCUGAAGAACUGUUUGGACAAGUCAUAAGUGAUGAGAUCAGCUGGCCCGAGGGUGACGAUGCACCACCGUCUGAUUCGCAAGAACUGAUCACACUGCUGCUCAGGCAGAACCCAUUGGACAGGAUGGGCACAGGGGGUGCCUAUGAAGUAAAGCAGAAUCCGUUUUUCCACAAUCUAGACUGGAACAGUCUGCUACGGCAGAAGGCAGAGUUUAUCCCACAGCUGGAGUCGGAAGAUGAUACAAGCUACUUUGACACUCGGUCUGAGAGGUAUCACCAUUUGGAAACUGAGGAGGAGGAUGACAUUAAUGAUGAAGAUUUUAAUGUGGAAAUCAGGCAGUUUUCAUCCUGUUCACACAGGUUCUCUAAAGUCUACAGCAGUAUGGACCAGAUAUCUCGUAACCAAGGAGAGGAUAAGGCAGAUGGGGGAGACAAAACAAAGAGCGAGAGCCCUCUGACUCUGGACUCCCUCAGCUGGACUCCAGAGUAUAGUGAAAUGCCCUCGCUGUCCCACUCCUCAGACACAGAGAGCAGCAGUCUGGGACGCCGGUCUGGGAUGCUCCCUAAGUUCGCCAUUUCUGCCGAGAUGGAGGAAGAGGAGGAGCCCCCAGGAGAGCCUGAGAAAGUGUCCUUCACUAUCGGGGAGCUGCCACCGGACGAGCCUGAGGCCACGACUCCAGGGAGCACACUUAGUGGCUCCACCCUUUCAGUGGCCAGCUUCUCUGAGCAUCUCGAUAAGCUGCAUACUAGGAGUGAAGGUGUGGAAAGCCCAGAUAACACCUCAGUGGUAUCAGAGGACCUCAGCACACACCUGGCCCAGCAGCGAUUAGAAAGCACGGAAAAACAGAAGAGCGCCCGCAAAGUUACAAAGUCUGUGUCUGCCAGCACUCUCUCCCUCAUGAUCCCAGGAGAUGUGCUGGGUGUGUCUCCGUUGAGUAGCCCGAUGUCUCCACACUCCCUUUCUUCAGAUCCCUCCUCCCGAGACUCUUCUCCCAGCUGCGACUCCUCCAUCUCUGCCGUCAGCCCCAAACAGCCAGUCGUCAUCCAUAGCGCAGGAAAAAAGUUUGGCUUCACACUGCGUGCUAUCAGAGUGUACGCUUGCGAUGGUGACGUGUACACGGUGUACCACAUGGUCUGGAAUGUUGAGGAAGGUGGACCGGCUCAGCAGGCGGGGCUGAGGGCUGGUGACCUCAUCACACACGUGAACGGGGAGCCAGUGCACGGGCUCGUUCAUACUGAAGUGGUGGAGCUGCUGUUAAAGAGCGGAAACAAAGUAGCCAUCACAACAACUCCGUUUGAGAACACGUCGAUUAAAACCGGGCCUGCCAGGAGAAACAGCUACAGGAGCAAGAUGGUGAGACGCAGCAAGAAACCUAAAAAGAAGGAGACCCAGGAAAGGAGGCGAUCUCUUUUCCGGCGAUUUGCAAUGCAGCCCUCUCCUUUGCUGCACACCAGCAGGAGUUUCACCUCUCUGAACCAGUCCCUCUCUUCAGGAGAGAGUCUGCCUGGCUCCCCUACACACAGCCUAUCCCCCAGAUCCCCUACUGCCGGCUUUCGGUCCACACCAGACUUCAGUCAGUCAGGUGCUACGUCCUCUCAAAGCAGCUCCCCCAGCUCCAGUGCCCCUAACUCUCCUGCUGGCUCUGGUCACGUCCGGCCCAGCACACUCCAUGGCCUCGGCCCAAAGCUGAGCGGACAGAGGUACAGACAGGGCCGAAGGAAAUCAGCUGGAAGCAUUCCCCUCUCUCCACUGGCCCGCACUCCAUCCCCGACUCCCCAGCCCCCUUCGCCUCAGCGAUCCCCGUCACCCCUGCUGGCACACUCCCUUGGGAGCUUAAAAACAACACAGACUUUCCCAUCAAAGAUGCACUCCCCCCCUAACAUUGUCCGACACGUGGUCAGGCCCAAGAGUGCAGAGCCGCCAAGAUCCCCCCUGCUCAAGAGAGUGCAGUCCGAGGAGAAGCUCUCCCCGUCUUACCCCAGCGAUAAGAAGCACCUGUGCCCCCGCAAGCAUAGCCUGGAGGUGACCCAGGAGGAAGAGCAGAAGGAGCCCCUGCAGAGAGAACCCAGCCUGCUGAGUUUUGAGGAGACUACACGUGAAACCCCCACAGUGACUCGUGUCCGACCCGCCGAGCAGGGCUGCCUGAAGCGCCCCAGCACACGCAAAAUAGGGAGGCAGGAGUCCAUCGAUGAGCUGGACAGGGAGAAACUGAAAGGCAAGGUGGUAAUGAAGAGGCAAGACUGGGCUGAGAGGCGCGAGUCGCUACAGAAACAGGAUGCCCUGCAGAAAUCCAGCUUUGUACCAGAGCAAAUCUCCUCUUCUAGUUCAGAUGAUCCAGAUAGAAGUUUUUCUGUCAGAGUUGGGCAAAGACUGGCGAGCAGUCCGGAAAUAUCAGUGUUGGAGCCGAACACUACUAGUAGCCCACUGAAAGACACAUUGUGCAAAAAAUCUAACACAAGGGCAAAUGAGAAUGUUACUGAGACACAGAAUUCUCUUUUUGGAGCGUUGUGCAAGGGCGCAGAGCCUUUUCCAGUACAGCGUGACUGCUCCAAAACCCCAUCCAGUUCCACACUUCAAGACCGCUCCCCUCCGUUGUCAGAGAGGCAGUAUAGAGAUAACAUGGAGCAGCUAGCCAGACAGACAAAGGGAAUUAGUAAAUAUGAAAGACUGGAGGCAAAAGCCCAGAAUAUAGAACUUGCAAGAAAGAAGCACUCUUUUGAGGAAAGAGAUGACCACAUAUGCCCUGCACCCAAGAAUCGGAUUUCUCCAACGAUCCACGAGGGCUGUCAACUCAAUUCCAAAAGUUUGCAGCUAGAUCCUUCUUCUGCUAAGGAUCUUGGCAAAGGACCAGUGAGUGCGGUUCAUACAUCACCCAAUAUUAACACUGACUCGUUGACUCCGAAGUUGCUGAGUGGAAGAGGAGAAACCGCUGUUGAGAAGCUUCAGUUAAUUUCAGCAACUGAGGGCCCAAUGAGAAAGACAUCCUCUGAAUAUAAACUGGAAAGUCGUUCUGUGUCUUCUCUAAAACCUUUAGAAGGCACUCUUGAUAUAGCUAUGCUAUCUGGACCAAGGACUUCAAAAACGGAAAUAUGUUUGUCUAAAGUGGCAGAAAACCAAACCAGUGCAAGCCUUGGAGUACCAGAAGAGAGAAACCAGCAUUGCACCAAAAAACUAUCAAGCCAGCAACAGGCAAUGGACAAACCACUGGCCGUUUGCUUAAUCCCAGGAACCCCUGGGGCUGCAGUGUCAGCAUACAAAAGCCCUAGAACUGAAGAGGGUAAAAUGGAGAAACACAGCACUACGUUAACAGAGAAACCUAGCCGCACUAAAGAGUCUACCGACAUCAGCUGUGGAUCUCAAAAGAAAGCUACCCCAGAUACAAAAGGGAAAACAGAGACUAAUGCAAAGCAAUGUGUGGUGCAAAAUAUCACUGCUUCACCUCCGGCAGGGCAUUCUAGUCCAAUCGAAACACCUACACUAAAAGAUGCUGGCAGUCUAGUGCAGGCAGAAUGUAGUGGAGAAUUGGGGAAACCCCUGGAAGCAUUUCAUCUAAAGACUGAAAUCAAACAGCCCCCAAUGUCAAACAGUCCAAAAACCCCUAAGCAGCAGUCAUCUGUUCAGAGAGAGAUUUCUGAUGAGCGCAAAGGGAAGGAGUAUGUCAUCCAACAGCAGCCAAGUGCAGUGAAGGAAAGCAUUGAUAAACAGCUAGGUGUACGCAGCAAGGAACCUAGUGGAAAAGAUUUACCACCCACUGUUCCGAGCUGUCAGCAUGUUUUUGCACCUCAGGAAAGGGGAAGGGGGGAACAGGGGGCUCUUUCUGACAAGGCGAAACAGAGCCAAGUGAAACAAGAGGCUGUUACCACUGACACUAAAACCAGUGCACCUCAAAGGGAAUGUUUUGCAGACUUUAGGAGAAGUGGUGCAUGUGCUGUGCAGGCAGAGUCCUCUAAUUCCCAAGCUCAAAGCACAGAUGGAAACUUACCAAGCACUUCCGCUUUGAAAGAUAACAAUCGUCCUUCUGGUUCGCUUGUUGGAACAGAACAGAAAAACUAUAAAUGUUCUGAAGACCAGAGGACCAAAGACCAGGAACAAAAUACAAAAGUAGUGGGCAAAAGUGAUACAUCUAAAGUUAAAACAGACAGCGUACAGAAAACCACGUUGACUCAAAAGUUAAACAGUGUAGAUGUUAGUAAUCAAACACAGCCCAGCCCAGUGACGCAAAACAUCAAUAACAAUCCGCCAAAGAUGAGCACUAAUAAGACAGAGGGGAUAGUGACAGAGUCUUUCAAAGUAAAAAGCGGCUUGGUGGAACCCAAAUCCCAGCCAAAGCCUUGUGCCACUGAACAGGGAGGCUUAUUCCAGACCACUGAUUUAAAGACAAAAGAACCUUCUCCUAAAAUGCAGUCCUCCUUAAAACCUCCCCCUGCUCAAGACAGUCAGACAAGUUCAGCGUUAGAGAUGGAUGCAGGCAGACAGGCCAGUUUUAGGGAGAAAAGGUCCAAAUGCGAGCAAAGAGAAAAUAUUAGUGUAAACUCUGGAGGUGCUGCAAAAUGUGAAGGGAAAUGCACAGAAAAGUCUGCUAUUAAAAAAGAGAACCCAGAUGGGAGAUCAAGAGAGCCAACAACUUUGCCUAACCCAGACAAACUGCAUGGUCAGAAAGACCUAAUGAAGAAUGUUGCGCCUCUCCAGAAACAAUUGUCUGGGGAGAAGAUAAAAGAAGCACAGAUGCACAGUGACACACUUUCAGCCAAGGUUAACACCAGCACAGUCAAUGUAAAAAGUGAUUCACAGGUGACUCUUGCCAUGGAGGGUGGCACCAGGAAAGCAGCUGAGGGCACACGGCCUUUGGCUCAGAAGUGUCAACAAAUUUCACCACCUAUCGGCAACAUCAGGGCUGAACUGAAUCAAGGGACUUGUGAAAAUACUAAAACCCCCAACCCUGAAAAGCUUGUGUCGACUCCUAAGAAAGACGCAGCCGAGCAAAAAGGGAAAGAGAAAAUUCACUUGCAAAUGCCCCUUGUAAAGAGUGUCCACAAAGAUACGUUAAAAAUGUCCUUAACUGUGCAAGAUAGCUGUCUUCCCAGCAUACCUUUAGAGAAGGACUCCAACCGGCAGAAACGAGCCAGGGAGGCAGCACGUGGAAAUCCACACAGAAAACCACAGCCAGGGAACGCAGGGACUUGAGGAAAAACCAGGAGCAUCAGCCAACGCAAUUAUUACAUUAUCUGUAUCUGUACUCUAAACAUGUACUAUGUAGUAUCUGAAAACAAACAAGGCUUGCAUUUUUUGGAGCGCAAUAUCAGUAGAAAAAUGGCUUUGUUUUCCACAUGCCGUCUUUAUUAAGAACUGGUAAAACUGUUACCACAUAGUAUUUGUACAGUGUCUUUACUGUAACUUUUUUCUUUGUGUGAGAGGUGUGUGUGUUUGUGUGGUGGGAUGUGUUCUCUGUAAAUAUAUAAAAGGAGUAAUAAGUUAAAUACAAAGUAGGCUACACAUUUUGCUGCUGAUUUUCAUCAUUUACCAAAAGUAACUUUUAUUUUUACUGUUUGUUUACUCUUUUGGGAAAUAGUUGUCAGAUGGCAUUUCCACUGUGUUCACGGAGAAGGGUGUGAUCUCUAUUGUGAAGAGGCCUUUUUAAGUUUAUAAUUUUUGUGCCAAUUAUGGGUGGCUUUGAAUUGCACUCAUAGCACUUGACUGGGACCACUAGAGGUUUAAAUGUCUGUGUGUGUCUAACCGUGUCUAAGUCAGUUUCAGUUUCAACACUUUUAGUGUCACCCAUAAAACCAUUAGGGUGUAACAUGUCCUAGUGAUGAAAUAAGGGUGUGUUUCAACUGAAUGUUGCAAUGUUGUGGACUGGAAGCAUGACUAAUUCAUCUCACUGGUCAUGGAAUUUUAAUGCUAACAAAAGAAAGAAAAUGUCACUAUUAUUAUUAUUAUUAUUAUUA